UUUUUUUAUAAUUUUUAUCAAUUUAUAAUUUUACCAUUCGAUCAUUGUCCAGUUCUACCCGUCGAGUCCACCCCGUACGGUUCGCCCACUGAGUUGCCACUAAUUUGUUUAUCUACUUCCUCGCAUUCCCUUCUUUAAAUGAUUGCUCUCCCAAUCUCCUUUUAAUCUCCUCGUCGCGUCCACUUUGACUGCUUGGUUCUGGUCUUUCCUUCUUCAUUCGCUUUCGCCUCUCUUUCUUGCCUGUCUACUUUGGCUUCAUCCCUUCCUUGGUCCUUCUCUCGUUCGGUCCUCGGUUAUUGAAUACCGGCCGUUGAUACUUAGUCUAAUAGAUUUGACUUGUUUUACUUCAUACUUGAUACCCUACUUUAAUCCGUCAUCAUGUCGAUGAUGCUCUCCGAUAACCUGGCUCCCCAGCCCAUGACCGACAUCUUCACCGGCGACACCUGCAUUGACCGCCGCCAAUGUCACCGCACGGUACCCAUGAAGGUGCUGGCGCUGGGGGUGGGAAGAACGGGAACUGCCUCUCUCCGUAUCGCUCUGGAGCGUCUGGGAUACCUGAGGUGUUACCACAUGAUGGCUGCCAGCGUUGAGAACCCUCCCGACUGCCUGAUGUGGCACGAUGCCCUGAACGCCAAAUACAACGGCGUGGGCGAGUUCGGAAGAAAGGAGUGGGACCAGCUUCUGGGAGAAUGCCAGGCUGUCUGUGACUGGCCCGCUUGCGCUUUCGCCAAGGAGCUCAUCGAAGCCUACCCCAACGCAAAGGUCAUCCUGACUACUCGUGACGUGGAUUCGUGGCAUGCAUCCGUCAUGAAAACCGUCUUCUGGCGGGUGUCCGACCCCGAGCACAGCUUCGUUUCCAACUUCAGCUGGGCCGCCGGCAUGUACUACCCCAUGUUGAACAAGUUCUUCCAGACCUUCUUCCGCGGCGACUUCCCCAACAAGGGCAAGCAGGUCUACGAGGACCACGUUGCCGAGAUCCGCAGCCUGGUGCCCCCGGAGCGCCUGCUGGAGUACCAGAUCGGCGACGGCUGGGGCCCGCUGUGCGAGUUCCUGGGCGAAGAAGUCCCCGACACCCCCUUCCCCCGGGGCAACGACAUGGCCGACUUCUUCAAGCGCUGCCGCACCCGCAACAGGCACCAGAUGCUCAACGCCGCCCUGCAGGCCGUCACCAUGGGCGGUGCCAUCUUGGCCACCGGCUUGGCUGCGACCAUGGCGUUCAAGCGCUUUGUUCGGUGAGAGGCCCUUGAAAAAAACGGAAGUGUUAGUCUUGUAUUUCUUGGGGUGUUGGGUUUUUUUACGGAGUAUAGCGUGCGCUGGGCGCCACUCAUGGUUUUAAUUCCUCUCGUUUCUUUUGUGUUUCACAGCAAGGUUUGCUACAUCAUAUCCUGAAGCAGGAUUUCAAUAGCGUCUCGUUUUUUUGUACCACAUGGUCGCGGGACGAAAUAGAUAAUAUCCCACAUC